UCCGGCAACACUGUCAGCCAUCCAUUUUAGCGUGGUUUGUCCUUUAUUCAAUUCCCUAAAAGUGAAAAAUAUUAUACAUUGCGGAAGAGUUUUGAACAAAGUGCCAACGAGAAGUUUACCGCACUAUAAGUGACGCAACAUACAUGUGAAAGGUAUGCACAGAAGCCAGGUGUCGGAAAAAGGCAGAAAAAAAGCGUGUGCAUACGUGUGAUUGUGCGAGUGUGUGUGCGCAAGUUGAAAAAAAUGGAAAUGGCAAGAAAUGUCGGGUGAAAUUCGCGCAAAAUCCGCGCAAAAUACAUAGUUUGAAAAAAAGCGAACUUAGCCUUAUCAUUUUCACCAACAGCAACACGCGCUCGCUGAAACAGUGUGAGCCAAUUAUUAUUUUGCUGCUGCAACAGUGUGUGCGCGGCGCAUCUUUUUGUGGCGGCAGAAAAUCAGAACCAGAAGUAGGUUGACACAAUGUCGGAAUUCGAGGACGGACAGCAGACGCAACGCGGCUUGUCCUCGGAGAGUGGUGCGGGAGGGGGAGCGGCGGGCGAACAGCAGCAUCCGUUGGCGCCCAUUCAGGAGUCGCCCGAAGAAGAGGAUGAAUCCUCGGCGGGAGGCCGCAACAAUAAUUCGAUCAUGGGCAAAGUGAAGAAGCGCGUCUCCAGCAUCCUACCCUCGUCAUUGAGCGGGUGGUUCUCUCCCUCGUCAAAGUCUAGCGCGGAUCCAGUUUUCCUGACAAAUCAACAGCCGAACGGGUGCACCGCCCAGAAACGGAAGCGAGGUCGCUGCCGCAUCGAAUUGGCGGCCGACGGCGGUGCUGAGGACUCGCCCGCGGGCUUCGAUGUGGGCGAUGCCAAGGGCCUGAACUACGAGGAAGUGGCCCUGGCGGAUAACAUUGCCGAGCACGAUCUGGCGGCGGAGGACGAGCAAACCCGUCGCAGUGAGUACAGCGAAAGUGUCUUCCAGCUGCGCAAGCGACUGGACGCCCGACGAGGUCCCUACGAGAACGUCGAUGGCUCCGAGGAGGACGUCGACGACGAGGAGGUAGAAGAGGAGGAGGAGGGAGACGAGGAUGAUGACGAUGACGAGCCAAACUCAGCCAUGCCAGCGCACAAACGUCGUCGGAUGGAAAUGCUGGAGACCACCGUCACUUUGCCAAACAUGCGAAGGCUUCCCCUAGGGUCCUCCACGCCAGCCGCUCCAGUCCCCGCCAUCGCCGCCACCGAAUCACAGUUGUUGAAGUCGCGAAACAGCAGUCAGCAGCGCCAGCAGGGCCCUCACCGGCGCACCCGCCUCAAUCAGUUCGCCAGCCAGCGUCAGCGGGAGCCCGCCUACAACUUCCUGGCCGCCACCGAGGAAGUACCCCACAGCAUACGCCGCUCGUUGAAUAUACCGUGCAGCACAAGCAGCGGCAGCCAAAACAACAGCCUCUCCUCCUCCCUGUUGACGAAGAUCAAGGGCCGAUUGGCGCUGAACCAUCAGGGCAACUACGCGCCCACCGAACGCAACUACGAGGAGGCCCUCUUGGGCAUUGGAACGGGCGAGGAAGAUCAGUUGCUGGGGAUAACAAAAUCCAACAAUAACAACACCAACAACAUUAACAACAACGUCAUCAAGUCUAGCAGGCGAGUGGGCGCCAUCGGGGACUCGCACUCCGAGAGUGAACUGAACGAGUACGAGGAGAACUGCGACAACGACGGGUUGCGCAGCAGCAACAGCAACCUCGAGUUCUACGGCAACCUGCAGAGCUCCAAGUCCAUAUUCAAUAGGCUGAACACGACCGCGGGCAGCCAGCAGCCGGCGCGCCACAACUCCAGCUGGUCGCUGGUCUCACUGAACCGGCGCCGACGCUUCAACGCCUCCAUCUACGGCAGCACCUCGGCCCUCAGCGACAGCCGACUGCUAAGUCGUAGUGCCUCCGCCGCCGCCGCCUCGCCAACCGCCUCCUCUUCGAGCUCACCCUUCUACCAGGGACGCACCACCUUCGGAGGCAAUGCGGCCAACAACCGGGUCUUCAGUCAGAACAAUUUGAGCUCCUCGGCCGCCUCCUCGACCUUGGCCGUCAACUCGGGACGCAGCUCCCCGGCCCAGGUCUUGUUGGGAGGCAUCAGCUACGGACUGAAGCCGGUGGAUAUGAAACCAAGCAACACUGAUAGCAACCAAGUAGAAGAAGGAACAGCACCAUCAGCCAACGCCAAUACCCAAAGUAGGAACGCCAACCUAUCAAAUACGACACAGCGCAUCCUCAGCCUGCUGGACAGCUACUCCACGCCGCUUAUAGACGCCAAGCGGAUGGGCAGCACCCUCAGGGAGCACCAAAGUCGCCAGCGGCGUACUCCAUACGCGAUGACUGAAGCCAACAGCGACAGCCCCGCACCCAAAACGCCGGUUGCCGAGCUGGAGGAUUUGCGCUCCAACCAACUGCUGGUGCCCACGAUGCAGCAGCUGCUCGAGCGGCGCCGCCUUCACAGAGUAACACAGACCUCCAGGGAUCUUGUGCGCGCUGACAGGAACACCCUCAGCAGUGGCCAGUCAAAUGCCCCACAGCCAUCCGCGGGGGAGCAGGCGCACAGUCAGCACACCAACAAAAUGCGCUCAAAGAUUUCCCAUCAGACGCGCAAGCAGCCCUCAGAGGUCUUGGAGGAGGCUCCCCGACCUCUCGACUUGCCGCAGAUCAGUUUCCCGGCCAUGGCCAGCACCCCCAAGUUCGACCUGCAGUUCAAGGUGUCUGCAGCCCCGACUCCGACUCCAUCUUCUCAGGAUCCUAACAGGAGGUCCAACUUCAUGUCUAGAGACAAUCUAGUCCAAGCCAAACCUGCUCCGUCAUCGAAUGUAACUCAAAACGGCAAUGCAUCCUCCAAGGCGACGCCCACCCACCCACGGGAGUUUAGCUUUCCCACACCCACCCAACUGGAGGCAGAACUGAUCGCGCCGCUCCGUCGGAGGAACCCUACUCGUUAUUUCCAAUUUAAGCCACCUUCUGGCCUAUCGGAAGCGGUGCAAGACGACUCGUCCAGUGACUCGGAAUCGUCAAGCUCUUCGGACGAGGUGGACGAGACUGUCCCGGCCAAGACACAAUCGACGACGCCAGCCAUCAACGGAUUCGGCGACCAGUUCAAGAAGUCGGCCUCCGAGUGGGAGUGCGACCUGUGCCUGGUCCGGAACAAGUCUGAGGCCUCCAAGUGCGUAGCCUGCGAGUCGCCGAAGCCAGGUGCGAAGCCGGCGGCUGCUACAAUGGUGGCCAUGCCGUAUCCGCCCAUCGUGCCAAUCGCCAGCGGAUUCGGGGAUCGCUUCAAGAAGUCGUCGAGUGCCUGGGAAUGCGACGCCUGCAUGCUCUCCAACAAGCAGGAGGCCACCAAGUGCGUCGCUUGCGAGACGCCGCGAAAAACAGCUCCGCCGCCGUCGAACCCACUAGUUCCGCUGUCUGGGUCCGGAUUCGGGGCCGCCUUCAAGCCCAAGGCCAACACCUGGGAGUGCCAGACGUGUCUGGUGAUGAACCAGUCCAGUGCGACGGAGUGCGUCGCCUGCCAGGUACCCAACCGAAAUGUGAGCAACAGCCCCCAGGGGAACAGCAGCGAGGGCGUUGCCUCCAAUAGCAACUCAAACUCCUCGUCGUCGUCGUCAUCGGUGUCCUCAUCGACGCCGUCGGUCAUUAGCAUCAGCAGCGGAUCCAGCAACGGUGGCCCAGCCUUGAAGUUCGGAGCACCACAGCCACCCAAGGCCGAUUCCGGCUUCCAGCAGCUGGUGGCCAAGCAGAAGGCCCAGAACUGGGACUGCGACACGUGCAUGGCGCAAAACGACAUCUCCCGCGCGAAGUGCAUCUGCUGCGAGCAGGCCCGGCCCGGCUCCGCAGCCCCGGCGACCACCGGCUCCUCGGCAUCCACCGAAGCCAGUGCUGUGCCCAAGUUCAGCUUUGGCUUUGGCGCCGUCAAGGAAGUGCCCACAUCGAAGCCAGCCGUUCUGCUUGCUCCAGCCGCAGCCGCAGCUCCUGCCCCGGCUGCGUUCGCCUUCGGCUUUGGCCAGGGCAGUGCCGCAAAGGACGUGGCCGGUGGCCAGAAGCCACAGGAACCAGCCAAGCCGGCAUUCUCGUUCGGCCUCGGAAAGGUGGAGCAGCCAAAGGCGGUUACUUUCAAGGAUGACAAGAAGGAAGCGCCUGCACCGACACCGGCACCAGUGGCAGUGCCAGUAGAGUCCAACAAAGUCGCAGUUCCUGCUCCAGUGGCAGCAGCGGAGCCGUCUCCAGUUAGCCAGUUUGUAUUCAAAGCACCGACCACUUCAAAUGUCACUAGCACGGCCACGAGCAGUGCCGUCACCGCGACUCCGAGCCUGUUUAGCUUCGGAUCCCCGGCCGCCUCCUCUUCGGUUGUGUCCAGCUCGACGGGCACCACCGCCGCCGCUCCUCCGGCCAAGCCGAGCUUCAGCUUCGGAACAGCCGCCACCUCGAGUGCCGCCAGCAGCACAACCAGCACCAGCAGCCAGCCCGCGCUGAGCUUUGGAGGCUUUGGUGCAAGUGCCGCCACUUCAGCCGCAACCUCAACCACGACUACCUUCAGUGCUAACCCGGCGCCAGCAGCCACGUCUGUCCCGAAGCCGGCUCCCACCUUCAACUUUGGAAAGCCAGCGGUCGCCCCAGGGACCUUCUUCUUUGGCCAGGGUCCACCGGCACCAGCUGCCCCGGCCGCCACGGUCCCAACAACGGUCUCCACUGGCACCAGCAUGGGCGCGAUCUUUGGCAUUUCGGUGAGCACCUCAACCAGCAGCAUAUCCAGCAGCAUCGUCAGCACCUCCAGCGCUCUCACCACCCCGACUCCGAUGGUCUUCAACUUCGGGGCUGAGAAGAAGUCGGAAGCGUUGGCGACCACCCCAUCCAAGCCGUUCGCUUUCGGCUCUGCCGCCGCCACGACCUCGGUGGCACCCACCUUUGGCGGCUGGCCCAGCAAUGGAGCAACCACAAGCGCCAACAGCAUGGCAGCCCCCAGCAGCGUCGCCACAUCGGUCACGUUCGGCAGCUCCAUGUUCGGGGUACCGGCCACCAGCAGCUCCCCCUUCGGAUCGACGACCACCACGGCAGCCGCCACUCCGGCCCCUUCGUUCAGCCUGGGCGGCAAUGGUCCGAUGCACCAGGUCUUUGGGAACGUCGGCAACUCGAUGGUUAACCCGGGAGCCACAGCCACGCCCGCUGUAGCCGCGCCCGCCUCUGCCAACAUCUUUGGCAGCGCCAGCGCCACACCCAUUGGGGCGGCGGCGCCGGUCUUCGGCAGCGGAGUGACCAGCAGCGGCUUCGGAGCGGCCGCGUCAGGAACCACAGGCACCUCAGCGCCGUCGGGCGCCAAGCUUGCAUUUAACUUUGGCGAAGCACCAGCAGCCGCCUCCAUUAGCGGAGCUCCUUUCAACUUUGGAGUCAGCAGCGAUGCACCGCCGAAGCCAACGUUCAACUUCACGGGAGUGACGGCCUCCACCCCGCAGGCAUUUAACUUCUCGGCGAGCUCGGCAGCCCCCACCAUGGGCGGCGGUGAUCAGGCGCAGUCGCGUGUCUUCCACUUUGGCCCUUCGCAGACGGCUCCGCAGACAGGUCCUCUGGCCACUGGCGGCUUUGCAGCUGGAGGAUUUGGAUCUGCCAAUAUGGGAAUGGGAAUUGGAGGAUUCGGCUCCUCCACCUCCACCUCCAUCUCCUCCGUGGGCGGCGGAGCGGGCGUGUUUCAUUUUGGCGCCCCAGCGCCGCAGAUGCAGAUGCAGUCCACGCCGAAUGCCAACGCACCGUUCCAAUUUAGCGCCGGUGCCACAGCGCCAGCCGCCAAUAUCUUUGCCUUCAAUCCGCCGACCGCCGGCAAACCAGCCCAGAACUCGCAGACGCGUCGCAAGAUCCACACGACGAUGCGUCGCAACACGCCCCGGUAGAAAUGGCAUCGCAAUCGGCCGCCGAGAUAGCAACUGCGCAUGCAUGUGCUCCGGCAGCCGUUGGAUUAGGAGGGAGCUCGGGAUCGGGAUCGGCGAAAACACAAACGGAAACAGGAGUAAACGAAGUAGUAGGUGUUACGGAUGGGCGGGAACCUAAACCGAUUCAGGAUGCGAACUAUGCCAGGACUAUGGUUCAGAGACUUAGUCGCCGGCUUAGUGAACGGAAACAACAGCUGCAGGUGGAGCGGCAGCAGCUGGUCCACCGACUCCAGCAGCGCAUGGGCAAGUACCGUUUUGUGAGAGGAGCGUCCGGUGGGUCAGAAGCGAAGGAGGCGAAGGGAGAGGAGGCCGAAGCGAAGGCGCAGCCGGACGAAUUACCAUCAUCGGAAGGAGCCAUCCCUCCCCCGGCGACGCCGUUAGCAACCACAAUCGUCACCAGGCGUAUGGCCGCCCACGCAAAGACCUCCAAUAGUCCGAAUUGUCGCCACAGAACCUUUGUGAGAGAUCGGAACACCAAGCCUGCCGUUCGCUCCGAACACAACCCGAUGCUCAGCCGAUACAAGCUGGUGCGCCGCUCAAAGAGAAUCGAAGGCCCGCCCAACGCCGAGCCGGAACACCGAGACUAACACCUGAUAUGAAGAUUUUGAACCGGAACCCCCUCUGAAAUCGUAUUCGUUAACCACAAAACACUGAAAGAAGAUGAGAAGAGGACACAAAGGAGUUGGAAUUAAGGACACUGGAGUUAUCAACAGGCCAAAUGGAGCCCAGGAAGAGGAAGUGUAGGCAAGGAUGUGGAGCAGCAGCCUCCUGCCUCCAAAUCUUCACUUUAGUUGAAUAAGUUAUGUUUAAAGUGAAACUGUUGUUUUAAACACGAUUCGUGCGAGUGGCGGUUCGAGCUCCCUCCAGAUCGUGUCUAUAUUUAAUACGAAUAUAAUUUUUUUUUUUUAUUAAUUUGUUGAUUUGUAACGCAUAUAUCUAUAUAUACAUAAUUAUAUAUAUAUAUACGUGUAUGUAUACGGCCGCAACGGGUCGUGGAAGACAUAUGUAACUAAAGAAGUCGCAGAAGCCGUCAACGGCACCGAUCUGUAAAUUGUAAUCUAUUUGUAACGCUAAUUAUUUGAAACAUGUGUGCUUCUAUACAUACAUUGUAUACAUAUAUAAAUUAUUUGUAUUAAUUAUAAUUAUUACACAGUAAUUACGAAUUAAUUAUUUUGUGAAAUUGUAGAGCUGUCAGGACGCGCGGGAGUCUAGCAUAAACCUAUAUAAGUAAAGCAUUUUUGAUUAGACAAUUUUUUUGUGGCAACGGGUGUGUGAGACGCCGAGUGGCUAAGGAUCGAGGAUCGGGAGGAGGACGGGCCCGGUUGCAGGGGAGUCUAAUGUUAGUUCUUGAUUUAAUAUUUUUUAUGUGUCCGGAGAGGAGGGGCACACAUCACGGCCGCCGGAGGAGCGAGAUCGGAGAAACCAAUAUGAGGAACAAAACUUAAGGCAAACAACUAUCUAGCAACGUAAACAAACAACAAACCUAUAUGGCCACGGAGACAGGUCGGUCGGUGGCAGCGAGCGGGAAUUAUUUUGAGGUCAGAAUAGAAACGUAUAUUCUUAACAGAUAAACUUUAAUCAUUUUAUUAUAAUUUUAAACUGAUCAUGUUUAAGAAUCAAGAACGGAAAUCGGAAGAAUCUAAGUUCGAGAGAAGGUAUCAUAAUGUAAAUAAGUAAAUAUAUGCGGUAUGAUAAUUUAAAAACGACAGAAAUACAUAAAUAUGUGAGAGAAUA